GCAGACAGUGCACAGGGAGAGUUGAGUCAGAGGCAGAUCAGAGCAUGGGGAGCUGAAGAUCUUUUGCAGAAAUGUUGGGAGAGAGGUGAGGGUGAUCUUAGUGAGGGAGAUCUGAGCACUCAGAGAGCAAAGAAGAGGGAGUAGGCUUUAAGGUGCGGUUGGUAGUGGGAGCUCCUGCUGCCCCCCUUGCUGUCUCUUGCAGGGCUGUUGCCCCUGCCUCAGCCCCGAGGCAGCUUCCAGCCCUUCCAGGGAUGCCUGAGCUGUGUGAGAACCUCACCUAUGUCCAGGGCAAUGGUGGUCCAGUGACCAGCACGCUGAUGUUUCUGGCUGGGGUGAUUGGCAAUGGGCUGGCCCUGGGCAUCCUGGCAGCCCAUCGGCGGUCGCUGCGGGCUCGCUCCUCAGCCUUUGCGGUGCUAGUCACUGGACUGGCCGGCACUGACCUGCUGGGCACAUGCUUCCUGAGCCCCGCGGUCUUCGUGGCCUAUGCCCAGAACAGCUCCCUCCUGGGGCUGACUCAAGGGCCAGGACUUUGCCACUGCUUCGCCUUUGCCAUGACCUUCUUUGGCCUGGCAUCCACACUCAUCCUCUGUGCCAUGGCUGUGGAGAGAUGCCUGGCCCUCAGCCACCCUUACCGCUAUGCACAGCUCAAUGGACACCGCUAUGCCAAGCUGGCCCUGCCUGCCAUCUACACCUUCUGUGCCCUGUUCUGCUCCUUGCCUUUGUUGGGGCUGGGCCGGCACCAACAGUACUGUCCGGGGAGUUGGUGCUUCAUCCAGAUGCGCUCCGAGGAGGUGGCUGUGCGGGCCUUUUCGCUGGCCUAUGCCACCCUGGUGGCACUGCUGGUGGGUGCCAUCAUCCUAUGCAAUGGUUCCGUCACCCUGAGCUUGUGCCGAAUGUACCGGGAGCAGCGGCGGCGGAGGGGCUCCCUGGCCCCUGGCCGAGCUGGGCCGGGGCCCAGGGAGGGCGAGGACGAGGUGGACCAUCUGAUCCUGCUGGCCCUCAUGACAGGCAUCAUGGCCAUCUGUUCACUGCCUCUCACGAUUCGUGGCUUCAGGCAGGCCAUCAAACCUGACCACAAGGACCUGGGAGACCUCACUGCCUUCCGAUUCAGUGCCUUCAACCCCAUCCUGGACCCCUGGGUUUUCAUCCUCUUCAGAAAGGCUGUCUUCCGAAGGCUCCAGCAGGUGCUCUGUGGCCUGCGCCGGGCCCCACCUGUGGGGCCGCCAGCUCUUAAGGUCCAUAAUUUCCCCUUUCCUGACACAACCCAGGGGUGAGGAACCUGGCACCUGCCCUUGUUCUAUCCCCCAGCCUCUGUUUGCCAUCUCAGCUCUCGCCAGUCUGGACGGGGAGAAGGAGGGGUGCUGUGGCUCGCUGGGAUACAGGAGGAAGGACAGAUUGGUGGUUCAAGCAGGUUCUCCGCCAAGUACCAAAGGCAGAGGCAGCCCCCCACCCCUGCCCCCCCCCUCGCCAAGCCUAUGAUAUCAGGAAUGGACCAAAUCUCCAACUCUCUGUUUCAUCUCUGUGACUCUGGCUAAGUCCCUGCCCCGCUUUACAGUGAAGGGAUUAGAAUAGUUUCCAAGGACCCUUCCAGCUUCAAAAGUGGAUGAAAUUCUUAGGGCCACAAGCGGCUGUCUGGGUGGGGCUCAGGCAAAGGAAGGGAGCACAGGGCACAGAUGUAUCUGGUUUCCUUAGCGUCAGCCCAGGAACCCUGGCAUCUGGCUUGCCAGUCUCUGCAUUCUCCAGCCUUGGGCUUCACCCUAGCACUCCUCUAGGAUCACCCCCUUAAGUAGCUGCUCCCAUAAAGGUCAGACAACAGAGAAAGGAGAAAAGUUUGUCCUGGAACCCAGAAAGAAUAGCGAUCUCAAAAUAACUAAGCUCUCUGGUCCCUUGCCCCAGCUCAGCUCAGCCCAGUCUUCCAUUCCCUAUCCAUCUCACUGUCUAAAUAUUUGGAAAGCCGGAAAGUUCUCGGUGGCUUCUGUAUCCUCAAUGUUAAUUCCCCAGCUUUGGCCCCCAAUCCCUGCUACUUGCCCCAGUGGUGGGCCUCUCCCUCAUCAGUAUGGGAGACGUCAAGAUUUCAAGGGCUCCCUUCCCCAAAUUGCCCCUCCCAACUCCCCCCUAAGAGUCAUCUCAUAUACUCCCACCCCACCCCCAUCCCCAGUCCCUAGUCAGGUUUUUUCCCUAGGGGAAAUGAUAUGCCCCAAGGUCAAAGGAAUGUCUGGGAAAUGACCAGAGGAAGAGGAUGGAACUGGGGGAAGCUAUUGGGCUUGUCAGGGAUGAAGAGGGGAAUGGUAGAGUACAAGA